AUGCCUUUCAAAUCAUUCAUAUCUGUGCAGCUAUUAGAACCAACCAUCUAUGUCGAGCCUAUUUCUAACUCUAAUCUCGUGAUCCGGGGAACCAUCAACAUUAACUUGUCAAGCACAACAAUUGUGAAAUCCAUUUCUGUCCGAUUUGAUGGUAAAAUGAAAACCAAGAAUUACAUUUCUAGCUCUGCGAGUGCUGGCGGAUUCGCACAGAAGAGAUCUAUAGCUCACCAUUGUCUAGUCUUGUAUCCUGUCGAGGAGCAAACUGACACCAACUGUCCUCUUAUCUUGAAAGCAGGUCUUACACACUAUGGUUUCGAAAUGCAAGUACCAUCCAAACUGCCUGAAACCGUUGAUUGCUCGGAUGUCAAGGUGAACUAUCAUGUUACUGCUGUCAUGGAAUAUGAAAGCAAUUCCUUCUUGCGUGUGGGCCGUAGUAGUACCGCCCAGAGUUGUGCAAAGCAAGAUGUGUGCAUCGUGCGCUUACCCUCUGGCAAUCUUUUUUUCGGUAGCAAUACAUGCGAAUUCAUUGAUUCUCGAACACAUACAUCUGAUUGGCUUGAGUAUCAAGUGUUGGUGGACAAGAAGUCUAUCGCACUCGGCUCAGAAUUGCCCAUCACAUUUCGUAUGAUGCCUGUUCGUGAGGAGGUCUCUGUGGAAGGUGUCAAUGUUCAAAUAUUAGAGCGACGGGAUGUAUUUAGAAAGUCUACUCGCACAAGCUAUGCAGUGCAAUCACUUUUAACUGCUGCCACAAAUGAAACAGAAAUACCUAAAACUGCACUGCCCGAGCUUUGGGAAGGUACCAUCCGAUACAGUAUUCUUGUAGGGAAAUCUCUCGUUCACUCAACACUGGCAAAUUCCGACUUUGAUAUCAAGCACACCUUGCUUGUCUCCAUUGUUCUCUCGGCCCCCGGCGGUAUUGCUGGCCGUAUGCGAAAACGGGUAACAUUUCAGUCUAAAAUCGACCUCUUGAAUGAAGCAGUAGGUAAGCUGGGAUCACUCAAAGUGCCUACCUAUGAUUCUCCUCCUCCAUUUGAUGAUUCAACCUUUGUAUACGGCGAGUAUGAUCGCAAGUUUACUGAUCCAAUUGCUUAUUCUGAUAUUCAUAACAACGAGCACAAUUAA